UUAGUAUUUUGACUACUUCAAAAACAAUGAUGGAACUCUCAGCAAUCAAACAAAAAUUAGACAUGAUAGAACCAGAUAUUCAAAAGAAAAGGUUAAACUCAAAUCUAUUGAAGAUGUUUAAUGUUACAUUGCCAUGUGGAGAUUCCUGUCCAUCCGAAUUAGCUAGAAAUUUUGAUUGUGAAUUUGAUAAUUUUGGUUCUGAAACACGUAAACUCAAACUAACAUUUGAAUCUGCUGUCAUUAAUAAAAAUAAUACCAUCUACAAAGCUGACCCUUUUCGGCUAAAUGAAUACAACGGCAGUCACUAUUGUACGAAAACUUAUGUUGGUCCUAAGUAUGUGUUUUGGCGUGAUUCAAUGAUCUGUCCUUUUGAACAAGAUGAUAUAGAAAACACAGAUAGUACAAUUUUGAAUCCGGAUGAUCAUGAUUGCUUUCAAAGUAAUAAUAAUGAUUUAAAAGAUUAUUGGAAAACUGGGAAUUGUGUAGAAAACCUCAAGAAAAUUGAUAUUCAAGUCAAAAUCUCUAAAGAAGAGCUUUACAUAUACUGUUUCAACGAAAAUAUAACAGUAUUUGGUAUAACAAAAGCAUGUCCUAUCUAUCCUUUUCGAUUAGGAAGAGAUGUUAGUUUUAAAAUUGGUAAAAGAUCGUACGACGCAAGAUCAUUUCGUAUGACGGUUAAUACAUAUGAAACUCUUAAAAUCAAUCUCAUGCUUGACUCUGGAGUUGGUGACUUCAAUUUAAAACCUGUUUCUGUGAAUCUAACUACUGUUGAUUUCAUCCCAAAUCUAAGAGGAACUUCAAGUGAACCAUUAUACAUUCAGAUCGUCAUUGGUAUCCUCAUAAUCAUCUUAUUGGUUUGUGUUUACUGUUUAUGUCGAUCUGAAAAACCAAAAUAUCACAGGUAUCUUCAACCUGGGCCAAAAAAUGUAGACAAUUCAUUGAUUUAAUAUCUAAGAUUCCGUUAAUAAAGAAAGAAGCAAAGAGAUUACCGUGUUAAUCAUUAGAUGUCUUUAAAUUCAGAUUUUUAUAUGCAAUCACAGCAUAUUUUCCAUUCUUAUUCUGACAAGGAGGUACACGAUCUCAUGAAAUCUGGAUCAAACUCAAUCUUCUCAUAGACAUAAGAAUGCUCAUUUGCAAGCUAUUCACAUGUUUUUCCAUCAUUGGAAUAACAAAAUUUUUCUAUUGACCAUCUUCAAAUAGAUAACUUCAUUAAACCCAUUCACAACAAGAAAAAGUCCAAGAAAAUGAUAAUUGGUUAAACAAGUUCAUUAACCAGCCAACCCAUAUUCAGUAAUGGACAAAUAAUUUAGUGAAAUUAUCUGAUAUUAGUAAAUUUCAUUUCUUGAAACGUGAAUUUAUUUGAGAAAAUCUUGAAAUUGUUUAUCGAAAUUCAUGAUAAAUCUGAAAAUUUUAUUAUACGCUUAUUAUUUACAUGCAUUUUACCACUAGGAUGAGUUUUUGAUUAUUAUACUGUAUAUCUGUAAGCAUGUGAUCAAAUCACUCGUCAAACCUGUAAAUUUUAAAUUUCCUGAUGAGCAACUGUAAAUGGAUAAUAGUCGGAUGUGUACGAAAAUUAAUCAAUUAAUUUAGCUGUUUACAUCAACUUAUAUAGAAUGCAUCCUGUUAUUAGUUAUGAUCCAUGGCAUUGUCUGGAUAGAAAAACAAAGAAUUUUGAUUUUGUAGAAACAGAGUUUGCGCCAUGUCAAUUUACCAUCUUAUAACAAUCCUGUCACUUGCUUUACUGAUCAAAACUUCACAUCCAUUCAAAGCACCCAAAUAAAAUUUGAUUCCAUACUGCAAGACUGUGAUCAAUGUUUUCCUAACUAAACCUGAAAAUCACACAACAACUGUUGAUAUACCGAAUGAUGUGGCUAAUGUGUACGACAUCGUCAAUUGGAAAGUGGUCAUUGUAAGGAUCAAUUAAUGUUCGUCUAUAAUAACAUACCUCAAAUCAUGAUUAAUCAAAAAAGAAUCAAGAAAAUGAAUUAUUCUGGUGAAUUAAGUGAUUCAAUAAUACCUUUUGGUGGCGAUGGAGCUCUUCAUGCUCCAACAAUAUUCAAAGAUCCUUUAACUCCAUCACUUCAUAAAUGGAAUUAUAUUGAAUUGUUGUUUUUCGAUAUUAAAAAUGAAUCAGUUCGAGUUAUUGACUCCUUACCUUGGCUCAAAGAUGACGAUUGGCAGUUCAUUAAGGAAUGGAAAAUGAUGGAUUAUAUUCAUUUCGACAAUAAAUUGUACCUUUUAAUAUCAAGAAACAAGAAACCAAUUAAAAGCAAACACAGCAAUGACAUUGACAACUAUUACUAUGUAAAAACAUUG